AAACUCAGUGUGUUCACUGUGAUCAUAGUGACACAGCCAGUCCUCUGUACACUCAUCACUGUGGAAGACACCGCAGGAGGUUGGUUUCUGCGGUUUUCAGUCACAUAAAGUUCACAGAGAUAAGAGCAAAGAAAGGCCACUGUGGCUCCAGCUGACCGAGGGCGUCAGGGUGCAUGUCUCGGAGCCCCCCUCCUCCUCCCUCUCGCAGCUGUCCCUCGGAGCCUCCACGCAGAGAAGGGGAUGGGUCCGCGCCGGACAGCGGUGAGUUCAGCAGCUGCAGCCCUCAGCCGCUGCCUCCUCUGUAGCUGUACAGAGCCAGCAGAGAGGGAGAGGGAGAGGGGCGAGGCAAGCUCUCUGCGGAUUUAAUAACUUCUCUUUGUUGGAGGACAGUGAGAGAGGAAGGAAAGAAAGAAAGAAAGUAGUUGUCAGGAUAUUUUACAGUCAUGUUCGCGUCGUUCUCUCUGCCCAUGAAAGCGGAGCGCAGCCGGAAUAAGGAGCGGCUGGAGGCCAGCCUGGCCGGCCUGUGCGAAUUGGAGCUGCUCAAACAGAGGCAAGAGGCCCGGGUGCUGAGCGCUCUGUGCCUCAGGGACUCUCCGGGUCCAGGACGGCCGCCCUGGGGAGCUCUGCGGUCGGCACGAUGCGCCUUGGACGCACCAAAAGGCGACGCGCCAGAUGAGCAACACAGCAGUCUCCAGUGCACACCAUGGGGUAUAAAGACAUCUUUAGAGCAGCAAGUAGCAGAGCUGAAUGUAAACACUGAGGUCAAAUCAGCAGAUCCCCCUGCUGCUCUGGAGGACAGCCCGCUCAGUUCAGGCGAGGUCCUUGGAGCCAAGCACAGUAGGUCCUCUGAAUUAAGUCACCACCCUGGGGUCCCUCGCUCCCUCUCGUUCCCUGAGGGGACAGGAAAGACGGAGACAGGAGAAACAUGGCAGUCAGACCCAAAGAAAGGGGUCACUGCUCCCGAUUCUUUUGUGGAGAUGAGAGUCGUUGACCCAAGUCUGGAAAAUUUCCAAAAAGCCCAGAAGGUAGAGACUUAUAUAAUUGGAUUGCUUCAACGCAGGGCCCUACCCACUCGGCCGUCAAAGCCCCGCACCAGCCUGGCCCAUGAUGCCCGAGCUGUCACUGUGGUGAGACAGAGUAGUUUCUGCUGCAAGGAGGAGCAACAUUCUCCAAAACAGGUGUCUGUUCAAGAUAUCUCCCCUCCACCCCAGUGUUCAGAGGAAACUGCUCAACCAUCUUGUCUUUACAUUGAUCAGGAGCGUAACCUAGGGGCAGGGUUAACUGAAAGUCCCCCACCCCCAUACCACCACCAUCACCUCCAGCAAAGUGUCCAGCACCAACUAGGGCUUUAUCACCACAGGCCCAGGCAGGCCCCCAUGAUGAAUACCUCUUGCUCUACCAUGCUGGAUUAUCCAUCUUUCAGAGUGCUGCAAGCCCACCCAGACUCAAGCAAUAGUGAGCCUGAUUCACCCCAACAAUAUCACAGCAAUCCCUCCCCUCCAGCUCCGUCUACCCCUCUCCAACCGCCUUUACCUGAUGAGCAUCUGGUCAAUGCAGAGUACAUUCCAGCCCAGCCCUGCAGAGCCACCAGCAGAGGUUAUGCUCAUCACCACUCCAAUCCAAACAAGGGCUCUGGGGCAAACAAGCCCAACCGAAGCACUUAUUCUUUAGAAAGAGGCCAUCACCAUCAUCAAGAGCAGCCGCCAACAGCUUCUCAGAUCCAACCCUCCAGAUCACGAGGAGGCCCAAAGAAGUGUCGCUCCAAUGAAGACAAAAGUGGUGCCAACAGGAAGCCAGGGAAGAAGGCUUGUCGUUCUCAGUCUGAGAACAGCCUCCAAAGAGUGCCAGAGCGGAAAUACAACACGGUAGAGAGGGAUGGUGGAGGAAGUGGAAGUGGUGGCAGAGGAAGCCGCAGUAGCCAAUCAAAGAGUAAGAAACAACAGCAUGGAGGGGGGAACCACCGGCGCUGGCAGUCCACCCAGGAGCUAAGCCAGGAUGAGGCUGACCAGGCACCUGCACAGGCUCCUGUGCAGGGCUCCUCAACCUCAAACCAAAGGGAUCACUGUGGGAGACGCACACGCAAGCCCCGCUCUACACAUGCACCAUAUGCCUACCAACAUCACCAACAUUCCCACCAUCAUCAGCACAUGGAGUACCUUGUAGAGAGGGAGCCCGUUCCCCUGUGUUCACAGCCUACUGGGGACUACCCUCACCAAGGACAGGGAGAGACCGAGUCCAGCAUGAGCGAGGCUGACUCUCCAGACUCCAGCUCUCUGUCCAGUGACUCAGAUGAGAGUGGUGGUCUGGUUUGGCCUCAACAACUUCCCCCUCAACUGUCUGUCCCAACACCCUCUGCCCCACCUGGAGCCCCCCUGCAGCCUAAGGCUUUUGUCAAGAUUAAGGCUUCCCAUGCCCUUAAAAAGAAGAUCCUCCGCUUCAGAACGGGUUCACUGAAAGUGAUGACCACUGUUUGAAGAGUGCUACUUCUCAACUGAAGGAAUAUGAACUACAUAGCCUUGGUCUGUGUAGGACAGCAGACCAAAAGCUACAUUUGGGAUAAUAAUCAGUGUGUUCAUGAAGGUACUAUGACCCUGGCUGACAGGAGGGAUUGGAUGAUUUUAGAUUUAACAAGCUAAGAAGGAAAUGGGCGUUGUUAUAUCAGCCUUUUUUCUAUGUCCUGCAAAUGUCAUGACAGGUUUGGCCAAAGGGCACUCUCGUUUGUCCCUGUAUAUCCUGAUUCCACUAUAUCUACCCACAGUUACUUUGAAGUCACCAUAAGCUUGAUCUCUUUGGUUAGGUAGGGACACUUGGUCUCAUGCAAGAAUCAAGUGUUACAGUUCGACACUGCACAGCUUGUUCAUGUCAGCUCAGACCAAAGAUCUGACACAAGAUCAGCUGGAACUUGCAGCUACCUGCAAAGCAAUGGGCUGGUCCACAGGUUUCUGAAACCUGCCAUGCGACAUGUGACCAGACCAGAACACAACGGAGCAGACCAGACGGUGUCUGCUUUCUGUCUGUGUCAUGGGUGUAGCCUACAGCACAGAGCUGCAGGGCUGUGUGGUUUAGAGCCAAGCAGGGCUGCACACACACACACACACACACACACGCAGUGAGCAGAGAGGUAGGGUGAGUCUUCAGCUACAUUCACACAAAAUCUUACUUCAUCUUCCUACAGGGAAGUUCAUUCUGGCUGUUUCCGAAACGGCCUGCUACAUACUACUUACUAAUGUAGUAGGCAGUAGGUAUUGCCUACUACAUACUGCGUUUGAAUUUAGUAUGUAGUAUGACUGUUCUGUCCGAUCUGUCAUGCAGCAUGCUGAGCCAGACUUCGCUGGAUUUCCGGUUUCGGAAAGCGGAAGUAAACAACGGCGAAGCCGAUAAAUAAAAUGCUUAUUUAGCAUCUAUUUAUGAUUUAAAAAGUUAGGCAGUGGCUUAUAUGUAAUUUGAUAACUUUCACAGCACCCAAAAACGGAUUUCCUCCCAUCAAAAAAUGAGGAAAAAGAAAAAGCAGAACGAGCGCUAUGCAUUAUGGGAAACAGUACGCGAGGCAGACUGGUCCGAUGCACACUGAGAUAUUUUCCCGUAUCAGUAGACAUCCGGGGAGUUUUGGCAUACUGCAGAUUUUGCUCUUGUUCACAUACUACUUACUCCAUACUGAAUUUUGGACAUAUCAGUACGUACUGCUAGUAUAGUAGGCGAUUUCGGAAACAGCCUCUGUCUUUCUUUGAGUCCCAGGUUUGCUCUAGCACUGCUGCUCACUGCUCUGUAAGCUGGUGUUCACAACAGCAAUGGACUAAUCCUUCUCAUUAUAAACAUGGCGUCUUCUCAGACAAACUGCUGAGGCGAUUCUGUUGCCCUCAUCCACAGCUUGGCCGUGUCGUAUCUGACUUUAACAGCUGGCCUGCAACGAGCUGAUUGGCUGUUGAAAAAAGGCGUCACACCUUUUGUUCUAAAUCCAGCUGUUAGUGACGUGACAGACUGAGUCCCAGAGACUGACCAGGUCUCUCUGCAGUGUGCCCAAACUCUUUGAUCUAACUGAGCUCAAUUUCAUCUGUCCAUGUGUAGCUCCUCAUUUAUAGAGUUCUAUCAUUCACAGAGCCUUCAUGUUUCUACAAUACAUUUAACUUUGUUGUCAGGCUUUUGUCUGUGUUUAUACAAAACAGAAGGCCCUUUGUCUCCUGGCCAAACAUGUUUUUCUGCUAUUUUAUGCAAAUUCUUCAUCAAACCAUCACACAUGCUAACAUUGAAAACUAAUUGUGGAAGAUAGAGGGGCCUGCUAUGCAGACAAAAACCACAGUGUUGUUAUUCUUUGACACGUUGUUAUUAAAAUGUCAUUUUGUAAUUACAUGAGUUUAACUUAAGACAGACAACCAAAGGUUUGUGCUUCGUGGAUAUUUUCUAAAACAACAACUAGUAUUUUGGGCAAAGUCAAUAUUGCUGUCAGACAUGAGGGAAUGUGUUGUGAGAUGAGGAGUCUGAAAGAGUUGUAUAGUUGGUACAUUUUGUCUGUUUUCUGUCUGUGAAUCUUUAACAGUUUACUGUAGCAGCAGAUGAAACCGGCAGAGAUCAGUGACUUUGUAAAGAAAUCUUUGUCAAAUGUUUUUGUAGAAAUUGUUAAUAGGAGUCCUGACGUUGGUGAAAUGCUAUUUUCAGAUUCUUAAUGAGAUGAAAAUGUGCCUGCCCAAAGAAUGUAUUAACCAUUACAGUGCCACUUUGACUUUUCCACAGUAUUACAUUAAACUCACUCUGAGCUUUUAUUUUGUAUGACGUCUGUUUGACUAAAUGUAUGAAAUUAAAGUGUUUUAUUAAACAAA